AGCAACUCAGGAAAGGACGUACCUCCUUCCGCCAACUCCACUCAAAAUCACCCUACUACUGUGGUGGACCACUCUGCUCUUCGGCCUGUGCACAACCAUACAUCGAAAAUGGCCACGCUCGUCGCGACUUCGCCUCAGCCGCUCAUUAUGAACGGCAUGUUCAAGUCAGGCCACAAACCACAAUCGCCCACGUACUCUACACCCGCUGGUCCGACCUCUGCGCCCGUAGACGAGCCCAUGUCGCCCGUGGCUUCCCCAACUUUGAAACCCACCUCAAAGGCGAUGGCAUCUACGCAUGUGACUUCAGAAACUGGGCGAUAUGACGCGUUGGUGACGCCUCUGUUCCGGGGAGACGCGACUGCUCCACGACAACCCGCGAAAGAUCUCGCUGCUUUUAAUAGUCUACUCCCUCCUCCUGUUGAAUUCGUUGAAGGAUCGUCUUCGGGCACGUAUGCUGCGAGCUUGGAGGGCCGGUAUGAACCUAUUAAUGCGUCGCCGAAGGCUGCACCGAAAGCACUGAAUGAGUCGCAGACAGCAGCAAAAUCAACGCCCACGAAAAAAUAUCAGUCCGAACUGAAGGUCCAACAAUCACUUUACACACGUUCUAUAGACCUGUCGUGGCCAGCGGGUAUUGUUCAUGGCUCGGGCCUGUUCAACCAGGGUAACACCUGCUUUUUGAACAGUGCAUUACAAUGUCUACUCCAUACUCCGCCUCUACUUCGAAUCUUAAUGGCCCAUACAAAAGCUGAAUGCAGAGUAAAAUCUGGAUUCUGCAUGAGCUGUGCUAUGCAGGAGGUAUCAAGCGACAGCUUCAAGAAGGGCAGAGCAUUCACACCACUACCGAUUACGCGUAAUUUAAAUUCUAUUGCGAAGCACUUAAGAAAGGGACGACAAGAAGAUGCACAUGAAUUCCUUCGAUACGCGAUAGACUCGUUACAAAAAUCGUGUCUCGCUGGUUACCCACCGAAAAUAGAUCACAAACUGGCAGAGACAACUUGGGUGCACAAGAUCUUUGGCGGCCAGUUACGAUCACGAGUAACUUGCCAGCAGUGCGGCUAUAAUAGCGAUACGUUUGACAGCAUAUUGGACUUAAGUAUAGACAUAUACAACAUAAGCGGACUAAAGGAAGCUUUGAAGAAGUUCACGGCUAAGGAUUAUCUCAAAGGAGCAGACAAAUACAAGUGCGAGAAAUGCAAGCGACCCGUGAACGCAGAGAAGCAGUUUACGAUUCACGAGGCUCCGGCGGUGCUCACGGUACACCUAAAACGUUUCACUCCAAUGGGACGAAAGCUACAGCAUCCCAUACGAUAUGACGAGGUUCUGAGCCUCCAACCAGCAAUGAGCGAAGGGCAACACGGGCCGACAUACAAGUUAUACGGCGUCAUUUCGCACAUGGGUGGCGGGCCGAAUUCAGGUCAUUACUUCGCACAUGUCCGUGGUGGAGACGGACAGUGGUACGAGAUGAACGAUGAUUCGGUCGAGAGGGUUCACAAACCUGAACCUCUUAAUAUGAAGAAUGCGUAUAUGCUCUUCUAUAUCCGCCAGAAGGGCGAGGCGCUCGCUGCUGCUGUGCAUGGAGGCGGAUUUGUGAACGGCAUUUCUCUUUCCAAGAAACGCAAGGAGCUGAGCGAUGAGGCAGAUAAGAUGGACGAGGACGAAAAGGAGAAAACGGGAUCUCGGUCGUUCAUUGGUCCCAUCAUCCCUCCACACCUCGUUUCCCGUAAGAGUAAUCCACAUUCGGAGACACUACAAAGGAAGAUCGAGGCUCUGGAGAGAGAGAAGGAGAAGAGGGUGGAGGUGCAACGUGCUGAAUCGCGGCCGCUCAAGCCUCUUGUAGAUUAUGAGGAUGAAGAAGACGACGAAAGAGGCGAGCCUGUCGAGAGGCUCAAUAGCGACAUGACUCGAAACAAUAACAUAAAUGAAAGAGCGCCACCACGCGCCAGCACCUCCCCUGUCAUGGCAUCUUCAUCUCCAACAUCGGCACGAAGUCCCGUGUUACGGAAGGAUCUCAAUGGCGAUCUACGAAGUAUUGCUAGUAGUGAUCGGAUCGAGGGCGGUGCUUCGUCUCCCAGUCGUCCACCGCCUACGUCACCUUUACCAACAACAUCACCUGCUACUGAGACGAUACCUGCUUCAAGCUUCUACGGGGGCUCGGGUUCUGCUGCGAAACGUAAAUCUCCUGAUGACCAUGAUGAUGGUGUGCGAAGAAGCAGUAGUAGUAUCACGGCGGGGCGGCGUUCGUCUGUUAUCCCGACGGGUCCAUCAGCGGCGAGACGGUCGUUCGGUGGUGGUGGUCUGGGUGCAGGAAACCCAUACGGCAAGUCACGCAUUGGAGGUAAUUUGAAUUCGGACCGGGAUCGUAAUGAGUUUGAGCAACUGAGACCGCGAAAGAUGCAUAAGAAGCAGUUUGGGUCGCGGCGGAAGAUGUUGUUCUGAGUGUGGUACUACUUUGUAAUGGUGUUGUUUGGACAGCUGUAGGAUCAUUCGUUCUGUACUGUGCUUACUGACUGGUAUCUUUGAUGACAAGAAACCCCUUCGUUCUUCACUUCGUUUUUCUUUAUUCUUGUUAUCAUUCAUUUGACUGUUUC